CUUUCAAUUUCAUAAAACGGUGGAGAGAGAGACCCCAAACAUAAAGUUAGAGAGAGAAAUGAAAUGGUGAGAGGAAGCAUAAAGCUUCUUAAGGAUGCUGGGUCUGGACUCAGCAAAACCCUAGCUGACAUACUCGUCUGCCCACUUUCUAAGCAACCUCUAAGGUUUUGCGAGCAAACAAAUUCCCUAAUUAGUGAUGCAAUUGGUGUCUCCUUUCCUAUAAAGGAUGGGAUACCUAGCUUAGUACCAACAGAUGGCAAGACACUCGAGGCGGAUGAGACAAUAAAAACUGAAGAUUCUGCAGAAUCAUCAGACAAGCAUGAAGCAGAUCGAAUAGGCAGUCACUAGGUCGAAUUGUGAAACUUAUGAUGGGAGGUCACAUCGUCAAGUGCUCUUAAAGCGGAUUUUUAUUCAAUUUGUGAGGAAUUGCCUGAUAAUUCAUGUAUGGCUUGUUACUCAGUACCUUUUGAAUUAUUGUGUGCUUUAUUAUCUGAGAGGAAUUCUUCUAGAGAGGUUCUCUGAGAUUUCUUCCGAGAUGAAAAUUAUACUGAGUUGUCACAAAUAAACGUUGAGCUGAAUAAAUUCAUGCAUCGCAUCCAUUUGCGGAUGUAUACUUUUACAUUGA